ACAAGUGUUAUCGUAUCAUCCAAAACAAAGCAUAAGAAAACAAUUAGUGGAAGCUUUAAAACGAGAGAGAGAGAGAGAGAUAUAGAAAUGGCAACUUCGGGAACAUACGUAACGGAGGUUCCAUUGAAAGGAUCGGCUGAGAAACACUACAAGAGGUGGAAGACCGAGAACCAUGUCUUCCCUGACGCCAUCGGCCACCACAUCCAAAACGUCACCGUUCACGAAGGUGAACAUGACUCCCACGGCUCUAUCAGGAGUUGGAACUACACUUGGGAUGGAAAGGAGGAGAUGUUCAAGGAGAAGAGAGAGAUAGAUGACGAGACUAAAACGUUAACGUUAAGAGGACUGGACGGUCACGUGAUGGAGCAGCUCAAAGUGUAUGACGUCAUCUACCAAUUUAUUCAAAAAUCUGACGAUACCUGCGUCGGCAAGAUCACUUUAAUAUGGGAGAAGCGCAAUGAUGACUCUCCAGAACCAAGCGGCUACAUGAAAUUUGUCAAGAGCUUGGUUGCUGACAUGGAUAACCACGUAAUCAAUACUUAAUCAUCGCCACCAAAGUCACAGUCACCAUCAUCAUCAUCAUCAUCAUCAACACCACCAUCAUCAUCAUCAUCUCGAUUUAUGAAUUAAGGUGCUUUUUCAGUAUAAUAAAUGGGUAUUGUGGAGUUUCAUUUCUAUGUGUACGUUUGGGUUCUGUAUGAUGCUUUAAUAUGUUGUUGUGCUCAUCAUAUAUCGGGUUCGAUAUAAUGAUUGUCAAGAAUAAUAUUAUCACAUGUUUCAAUGUUUAUUUAA